AUGGAAGAUAUUCUAGUUUCCAGAAUUUCGGGUGUCACCCAUUUCGAGCUUCCAUUGCUUCCCAACAACAUUGCAUUUUAUUGCCACCCGGAAUUCCAAUCAAUCAGCCUCCAAAUCGACGAGUGGUUCCUUGCCAAGAUGAGAAUCACCGACGAGACUUCCAAGAAGAAGGUGUUGGAGUCCAGGAUCGGUUUGUACGCCUGUAUGAUGCAUCCCCAUGCUGAGAGAGAGAAGAUUGUGCUGGCCGGGAAACAUCUCUGGGCCGUCUUCCUCCUUGACGAUUUGCUGGAAUCCAGCGGCACCCAAGAGAUGCCAAAGCUCAACGCCACCAUCUUCAACCUUGCCAGUGGAAAUUCCAACGAGGAUGUCACAAAUCCUGUGCUGGUUCUCUACCGAGAAGUUAUGGAAGAGAUCCGGGCUGGUAUGGAGCCACCAUUGCUGGAUCGCUAUGUGGAGUGCCUGGGAGCUUCACUGGAAGCCGUGAAGGAUCAAGUUCACCACCGAGUCGAGAAGAGUAUCCCUGGAGUGGAAGAAUACAAGCUUGCCCGCCGUGCCACUGGAUUCAUGGAAGCUGUCGGGGGUAUCAUGACCGAGUUCUGUAUGGGAAUCCGCCUCAACGAAAGUCAAAUCCAGUCUCCAGUCUUUCGAGAGCUCCUCAAUUCUGUGUCUGAUCACGUUGUUCUUGUCAAUGAUCUCUUGUCCUUCAGGAAAGAGUUCUAUGAAGGUGCUUGUCACCACAACUGGAUCUCAGUUCUCCUGCAGCACAGCCCCAGAGGGACGAGGUUCCAGGAUGCAAUUGAUCAGCUCUGCGAGAUGAUACAAGAAAAAGAGCUCUCAAUCCUGGCCUUGCAGAGGAAGAUUUCCAGCAAAGAACAUAGUGACUCGGAGCUGAUGAAGUUCGCAAGGGAGUUCCCAAUGGUUGCUUCCGGGAGCCUCGUGUGGUCGUACGUAACUGGCCGUUACCAUGGCUAUGGUAAUCCGCUGCUGACUGGGGAGAUUUUCAGUGGAACUUGGCUGCUCCAUCCCAUGGCCACCCUAGAUCUGGCCAAUCAGCGCUGCCAGAUAACUCGCCGGACUGAUGGCGGAGCAAAACUUCUCACCUCAGUUUGCCUUUGCAAAAAUCUUGCUGGCCAAUCAGCACAUGGCACUGCUUGGGCUGGGGUUUCUGCUCACUUCAGGUUUCCUCUGGCCAGUUGUGUCUUCCUUGCCCUCUGCUCCAAUUUGCCUCUCGAUCUUGGUGGUAAUGCAGGGAAAGAUAUUUCUCGCCACUGUGGGCGUAUGCCACGAUCAUCAUGUUCCACAAGCAAGACCUCGAUCUCAACAUCAAUGCAAGUGUCUGGCAAUGAGCUAUGUCUCCCCAACAAUUCUACACUGGCUCUUUCUCUCACAGAUCUAGAACAAAAGGUGUUAAUACUUGUGUUCGGUUCCAAUGUCGCUGUUGUGGAAAGACGAAUCGAUUGUACCUUUUUACUAGCAUUUCUUCUCUUGAUCCUUGUGCUGUUGGGAGGAAAACUGAUUAGGAGCAGUGUGCCCGUGUUCCCAGAGCACAGGAACUCCAUGCUCCAGUGCUGGGCAGCACUUACCUCAUGGUCUUCUCCUGGACAAUCUUGCUGGUUGCACAUGCUAGCCAUGGCAAUCUUGAGCGGGCAGAGAGCCCCCUUAGCCUGGAAUGCAUUGUGCCGAUUGGCCAAAGUAAUACCAGUGUUUGAUGGUCUUCUUGCUCCCGAUAUUGUCUCUUGGAAUCCCAUGUUUGCCUCUUUUUCCUUCUUUUCCUUCUCGCUGAUGUGGAACUCCCCCUCACAGUUAGUGGUGCAAAUAGAGAGCCACUUUGUGCGCAAUUAG